AUGGUUACACACAUUCCCAAGUUCUUUGAGCUCCACAAAUCAGUCAAAAUAUUUACAGGGCAAGAGGUUGAAAAGAACAAUGAUGUAGCUCUUGCAAUAAUUCUGAGAAAGUCCAACAAGUGGGAUUCUGCAGGAGAUGUUCUGCAACAACAGCAAUGUCAGUGGGAGCUUAAAGAACACAAGCAGGAAGUAUGUAGUUACACAAUGUGCAAGGAAAGCUGGGGAUAUUGAAAUUAAAGAAAACUGAAAAAAGGCAUGAGUAAAAUUAGUCAAGAUCCUCUCCAACAAUCAAGCAAAGCUCAAAAUGAACUUCCCCUCUGUGAGUCCACUACGACUUACACUAGUUUUUCUCAUAUAACACCAAAGCAAUUGAAAAACAAAUAAAAGAAGAGAAAUGUUAAAGGAUUCAGCAACAAAAACAAGGCUGAACUUAUCAAACAACAGGAGGAAAUUUGUCAAUAAAAAAAUAUGCAACAUUUAGUAUUCUGGGAGCAUGAAAUGGCUUUAGUUACUCUAAGGGGGACUCCCUUACACAUUCAAAAUUAUGUUAACAAACUCAAAGGAAAAACUACAUAAUGAGCAAAGAGUGCAGUGAAAAGAAAUUCCAAGCAAAUUCAUCACUGUGGAUUAAGCCUAGGGUUACUAGAUAGGGGCCAUUUUUAUUUUGUACAUUCAACUCACCUAUUGGUCAUAUUCUUAGCAGCUCUUGCAUUCAAGAAGAACUCCUAAAAGUCCCUAAAGCCAUUAGAGUGAAUUUCAUUUUCAGUAAUACUAUAAUAUCUAUGAUUAAAUAGUUACUGAUUGGCAACUGAAAUAAAUUGAAAGUUUCUCAGUUAACAUUCUGUGAUCUUCUUUAAUUUGCCCAUUUAUAACAGAAUAUUUUUUUGAUGAUUUGGAUGUUUAGCCCUGACCCAAUCCCCACUAAAAUCAAUAACCCUAUCCCAGUUUUUCAGUUUAUUACACCCAUUUUGAAAUCACUGGUGGUCCCUGUAAUCUGAUUGGCUCUAAUUGAUGCAAUUUAUUCACAAAUCGCACCAUUUUUUGCUUUAAAUUGCAUCUUUUUUCCAGCCAAUGAGGUGGCUAAACUAAAAAGAAAACAACCAAUCAGAUUUCAAGGCUUGUUUAAAGUAACCAAUCAAAUUGCAGGAAAAUGAAAGACAAAGAGUAUCAUGUGGCAAAUUUUGCAACUUUUAUUUCCAAAACUCUUACUUUUUCCCCCCAAAAAAAGGAUGAAUUUAAUUUCAGACCGGUUUAGUACUGCAUCAAUAAAAUAUUUUAAAUUACCACGUCCUGUAUUUUGGGCAAUUUCAAAAUGGAUGCAAUAAAGUGGUAAUUGAACCUCAUGUCGUGUAAUUUUGGUCUGAAAUCAUACUUAUGAUUUCAAAUCGACCUUGCGCUGUGUGCUCAUUUGAUUUUGAAAUCAUGGGUAUGAUUUAAGCCCAAAUUGCACUCCACUCAGUUCAAUUACCAUUAUAAAUUAUCAACUUGUUGAGUUAGCCUCUCUUGGUCAACAAUUGGUUUGUCUAAAUUCUGUAUUAAAAAUAAUAAAAAUGGAAACAUUGUAAGAGGGGUUGUCUAUAAACAAGUAAUACUGGAAGCACUGCAAAGGCAGAAAAAAAAGGAGGGCAGCAAUUACUGUGAUAUUAUUUGUGAAAAAAAAAACUUAGUUAAGCAUAUACCUUUCCAUGUAUAAGCUUAUACUAGUGCAUCUCUCUUGUUAUUUCUGUAUUUCAAUUUCAGCAGGUUCAAUUUUGAUGUUAAUUUAACCCUUUAAAUCCCAGAUCAAAUUUGUAAUCCUCCUUACUGUCAGCCAUACAAUUCUUAUAAUGUAAGUUCAGAGAAGUUAGUAUUGGAUCAACUAAUUAUCCCUAAAUUGAUAUUCUUCUUUAUUCUCACCACUUAUCUAGUUGAUGCUGUAUUGAUAUUGUAAGGAGAAAUUCUGUCUUGGUCACUGGUGGGAGUUUAAGGGUUAAAUACAGUUCUAAAAAAAUGAUACAAUAACAAAUACCUAAAAGGUUCGGUAGUUAAGUUCUCUUCAUCUUCCCAACUUGUUUAAAACCCGCUACACUCUUUCCUUUUCACCAUAUAACGAACCUGAAGAUUGUAAUUAUUAAACUUGACAAACAUUGACAAACAUUGUAAACCAAGGCAGGCGAAUUGUGAACUCACCGUUCCAUGUGAUGUGCCUUUCCACGGCAAAAUAAUUAGGAGAGACAUUAGCUUUUAUUUUUAUUCAUUUCUUUUUUUGUAUCUCAAAGAAGGUCCGCUGAAGAAAUACUAUGCAUUUGGAGAAAUAAACCGCGGCUAUUCUCGCUUGAACACCUUCCAGGGCUCGUCAUUACGUAAUCUGAUGCAAUUACGCAUGCGUAGCAGGAAUUUUUUCUUUUCUUCUUCUUCUUCUUUUUAUUUUUUAUUUUUUAUUUAUUUAUUUAUUUUUUUUAAUUGCAGAUAUGACCCCCGUUUCAAACCGCUGA